CAAGAUCAAAAAGAUGCAGCAGGACAUCGUGGAUUUAGCCAAAAAGUUCGAGGAAUUUUAUUGGAAUCACAAUCGACUACAUGCGAUAAAUUACCGAAUAUGCCGAAUAAAAAUAUAAAAAAGGAUGCGCAACUACAAACAACAGCACCACAUCGCGGUUUUAAUGAAAAAGCACGCGAAGUAUUAUUGGAUCGAAAAACACAAGGUACUAUCGAUUAG